UAAUACUGGUGCAUGAGCGAGUUGUUUGUCUCGGACUGCCCUGUGUCACCGGUUAGGUUUUGUGGGCCGACUUUUUCCUUGACGGUACAUUCCUACGCUGUUUCGGCAGAACUAGAAUGCUCCGCCAAUCGGGCCUCGCAGCCAACCGCCUGCUGUGCGGCAGCGGCCUGCUGCAGAGCGGCAGCAACCAGGCUUCGGGAAGCAGCAAGCUGCUGUGGAAUGCUGCCCUUUUCUCCUCUAAGGCUGAGGGCGCUGCCACUCAGGUCGUUGCUUCUGAGGGCGUUGCUCAGAGCAUUCCUCAGUACACCACCGAGGCUGUGACUGCUCUGGCCGCUAAGCGCAAGGGUCUGAUUGGCAGUGGCAUUAGCCUGAAGCCCUCCAAGCCCUUCAGCGUUCGCGGUCUGGCGACCAGCAGCCAGGCUGCCGCGGCCACUGCCGCUGCUGCCCCUGAGGCUGCCCAGGCCUCCGAGAAGUUCUCGGGCCUGAAGAAGAUGCUCAAGCUCGCGGCCGCUGUUGCUGCUGCCCUGGGCCUGACCUCCACCACCGCCAUGGCCGACUCCCCCGGCCCGUGGCAGUACGGCUUCCAGGACGCUGCUACCAGCUUCGGCCAGGCCCAGCAGGAUCUCUUCCACGAUAUCGCCUUCUUCCUGAUCAUCACCGUGGUGCUGGUCCUCUACCUGAUGUACCACAUUGUGACCAAGUUCCACUACGCCCGCGUGGUGCGGCCCGAGAAGCUGACCCACCACACCGCUCUGGAGGUGAUCUGGACCGUCAUCCCCACCCUCAUCGUCAUGGCCAUUGCCCUGCCCUCGCUGACCCUGGUGUACUCGCUGGAUCAGCACACUGAGAGGCCAGGCCUGACCGUGAAGAUCAUUGGCCGCCAGUGGUACUGGAGCUACGAGAUGCACGACCACCUGCAGCACAAGCUGCUGGACCCCGAGCGCCUGGUCGGCAUUGCCGAGAAGGCCUUCGACAAGUAAAGGCUUCAGCUAAGAUGAGGAUUGCAGGACAGGAACAUCUGGGUUGCUCUUAAGGGCAGCUAGCAAGCCGCCCACUUCGUGGCAUUGCGAGCGUGGACGCGGUUUAAUUGCUAGGAAUAUGCAACAGCAAAUUGCCCGGUCGUAUGGCCGGGUCGCCCCCCUGAUGCAAAGGCUUAGGGGAAAAGGUAUUUCUCCAUACCAGCAUCUCUUAAGCGCCCACGUUCCGUUUGCGUGUGCUUGGACGGCUUAUCAACAACCUGGUUCGGGUGUGCACUGCUGAGGUUCCGAGCAGGGCUGUGGCUGUGAAAGCGCGCCCUGUCGGCUACUGUUGGGGUAGGCAGAAAAAUAGUUUUGUGUAGUUGAAGGUGGCUGGCGGGAAACCGUCACUGGGCACGGAAAUGGGUGAGCCCUGCGGGCGUUCUUGCGAGCGUUGUGGCUCCGUGCAGGGCCAAAUACUUGAGUCUGUGUAGUAUUAGGGUUCUUGAGUGUACAUUGGCGACACAUCCUGUAAGAUACGAUCUCGUC